CUCAAAAUUUCUUAUCCGUUGCAACAUUUUUCGCUUGAUUUUGUAAUUACAUUCAUUUGGUUGCACUCAGUCGCUGCUGUUACUUGUUUGAAGUUUUUUUGUUGUUGGGAAGAGAGAAAAGGAACAAAAAAGGAGAGAAAAACAAGUGUGAGAAAAAUGUUGGGUGUAUUCAAGAAUGGUGUGAUGAAUCCACCAAAAGAAUUGCAUAGCCCUGCCUCAGAACAGGCUUCUAUGAGCGCCAAGAGUCCAGAGCAGACUUUGGAGGAUUUCUUAGCUUCAAAUCCCACCAAUGGCUUCUCUCUUGGAUUUGCAAACAAGGGGUUCUUGGCCUACGCCCCACCUCAACGCUCACUCGAGUCACACCAGAGGUUGUUCUGCAGUGUAAAUGAUGUGUACUGCAUUUUCUUGGGGAGUUUGAACAACUUGUACACCCUCAACAAGCAAUAUGGGCUUUCGAAGGGAAGCAAUGAGGCCAUGUUUGUGAUUGAAGCCUAUCGCACCCUCCGGGACAGAAGCCCUAUCCCGGCCCAUCGCCUUCUUAAAGAGCUCGAUGGCAGCUUCGGGUUCGUGAUCUAUGAUCACAAGGCUGGAGCUGUUUUUGCAGCCAUUGGUGCAGAUAAAGCAGUGAAUCUGUUCUGGGGCAUAGCAGCUGAUGGCUCUGUUAUGAUAUCAGACAAUGUAGACCUCAUUAAAGCAAGCUGUAGAAAGUCAUUUGCUCCAUUCCCUGCUGGGUGCAUGUACCACAGUGAAGGAGGACUAAUGAGCUUUGAGCAUCCGAAGAACAAGAUGAAAGCCAUGCCUAGAGUUGAUAGUGAGGGGGCAAUGUGUGGAGCUUCUUUUGCAGUGGAUGCCUAUUCUAAGGUUAACAGCAUGCCCCGGGUCGGCAGUGCAGCUAACUGGGCAACCUGGGGUUAGCAUACCGCCCUCCGUUAACCUUACAGCCAUUGACACAACGAACGAUCUUUCUUUUGGUUGCCGAUCUGUUUUCAUGAUUUGGUUCUGAGUUUAUUUUAUGUUAUGUUGUUUAUUGACCCGUUUUUUUGUCUUCCUCAGUAUGUAAAUGUGAUCUAAGAGGUGUUUGGGCUUUGUAGUUGAAGAAAACGGUGCUUUUAAGACUUCCCAUAAUCUGGUUGCGUUAUUGCUUAGUCUUUA